AUUCCUCAUACCAGUGCACGAGUGGAAAAACUUGAGUCUCAAAGUUCAACUAAUAAAAUUACUAGAAAAAGGAACUAGUGUACACUCUACUAUUAUAAGCUAUGCUAAUCGUAUAGUUUGUUGGUAUAUGUUGUCCACUCUCUAGAUUAUUUAGUCAUCGAUCCAGAGUCGGCAUCCAAGUGGAAACCUUGGAUAUUGGUACAUCUCCUCGUUGGAGGAUGUAGUCAUAAGGGAAGGAAGGAACUUGAAUAUCGACAGUAAACUCGUCGGAUCGUGCGAAAUUAAAUUAUUCAACUUUCCCCACUCGUAGCAAAUGUUUUCUCUCCGACCAAUGAUACGGAGAGUCGUUAGUGCGGCCCGAAACUUCGCCGCGGAAUUAUAGCUCGUAGCGAGACGUUAAGUUUACCACUCGUGUUUUCGUUUGGUUUCACUUUAAAUCGAGAAAACGACACGGAGGACAGCAAAAUGUUUGUCAAAGUCUUUUGGCUGUUGGUGCUGUUGUGUGCUGUUGUAGGUUCUCUCGCCAAACCUACGAUUUACAAGCGAAACGAGGAUAAUAUUUUCGAGCCUGUAAUGGUGCCAGUUUCGUCAACUGUUAUCCCAUUACCGGUUUACAAGGUUGGAUAUGGUUUCGGUUUUGUACCGAAAGAUAAGAAGACACAAUCAUCCUUCAAACCGGAUGGCGUGGUUAAGCUAAUUACAGCCAAGAAAAAUCAAGAGAAAAAAGCUUAAAAUGAUUGAAGAUACAAGUUACGGACUCGUGGAACAUUCUGCUUGACCCCGUUCGAAUCACACGGUGAUUUAUGUCUUUACACCAUAGUAGGAUGAGUAUGUGAGCGUAAUAACGGUUGGUAAUAGCUGGGCAAUACAAUGGACCAAGUUUUGUAAGAAGUGGACAUCAUAUUAAUUGCUGUCACGAUUCGUUUGUUUAACGUGGCUCUUUGUUCGAAUUAAGAAUGAUCAUUCAAUGGAUCCAAGAGGCGCUUUUUAAUUUUUAACUGAACAUAAAGCAUAAAGUUUCAUUGAACAACAAUAAUACAUUUACUUACCCUUAAUAUUAUAAUUAUAAGCGUAAUGUGUAACAUAGGUAAUUUAGUACCAGUCUAUUUUUAAAUUAUAUCAACUUACAGCAAUUAAUCAAAAACUAUUUAGUAUUGUUGUUUUCAUACUUUGCAUUUUAAUUUUCUUAAUAGAAUGAUUUCUUGUAUCAGCAUAUGAAAUCUAUUUCUUUCUAUUUUUUUAACAUUAUCUAGGUUGAGCAUAGCUAGAAGCUUCACACCAAAAACUAAUUUAUGUCCGUGCCGAUUUGUCCAUAACAAGAAUAAUGUACAUGGCUAUUCAGGAGUGUUAAACCACCUGAACAUGGUUCUACUAUGGGAAUUAAUAGAAAUCAAAUGGACAGAACCAUCUGAAGGUGGUUCAAUAGUCUUAAAUAACCUGUAUAAAAAGUGCAUCGAAUAUAUUAUAAGACAACAGUAUCGAAUAUGACCUCAAAAUGUUAAUAAUUAUUUGAUUGAUAUUUUGUAUUCUGUAUAUCUUAUAAGUAAGAUAAAUAUUUGAUCAGAACUUCAUACUUACAUUAAUCUGUAAUAACUGCUUUAUAGAGAAGAAAUAUAUUUUAUAUUUUUUUAUUUUGUAAUAAA